AUGCCCGUAACCAAUCGUGGAGGCCUACCCGGCGCCGACUACAAUUACUUGAAAGCCCAACCGCCCUCCUGGGAGUCUGUUCGAACCGGACUGUCUAUUUUUGCCUUGGUCAUCAUUGCACGCUACUGUGUGCAGACCAUCUACCGAUGGCUUAGACCAACCGCGAGGCGCAACACUGCUACUCUUCUCCCCACUAACAACCUGCCGCUGCAGAGACAGCAGUACGAGCCACACCUUGGGCCAAUGGACGAUGAAAAGCACAUUGAAGGGGUCAACGACCAACACGAGGACUUGAGGGCGCCGACGACUACGACGACGACGACGAACACGACGGCCGCAAUGGAUCGGCACCCGCACUGGAGAAGCGCCGGUGGCACCUUGCCUGGACCCUUCAUCUCCCGGCUGCCUCCCGCGCCACCUUUGACUCCGCCGGAGCUGAGCACAGCCGUCUUCACCUUGGACAACGAACCGUCACCCAGCAGCCAGAGCUUCAUUCACCAGCCCAACCCCGACUACAUGUCCUCGACGUCCACCACGGCUUUCCAGACAGGAAGCCCCGACUCUGCGUCUAUCCCGCGGCGGCGAUCCUACACUAGGACGCUCCCCAUUAGCGUCCCUGGGUCUGGGUCUCACUCUCCUCAAGCGCAGUCUCCCGAGGCUGAAUCCGUGGAUCCAGCCUUUUCGCCCAGCUCCUACCCGCCGUCGGCCGGCUUGCUGCCGCCUGCGCCUCCCUCGGGCCUUGGCUCAGAGCCAGAUGAUCAUGCCCAUCGAAACGUCGACGUCCAAGGGGAGAUUCUCUCGGUUCUCGAUCGCGACGGAGCUGGCUGGACUCGCCAUACACGUGUCUACGGUGGCGGAGCCUGUCUAGCGUGCGCUGCCAGCGGCGGUGGUUUCUACGGUGCUACCGUGACUCCAGAGGAGAUGCGGUGA